AUGAACAGUCGACAUAAGCCAAGACCCACCAAUCGACGAAUCUCACAGCUGGAGCAAGAAAAUGCAACUCUGCGUCAAAAGUUUAUUGAGGGGCAAAGAAGCGCUGAAGCCGAAGGAAGACUUGCUUCAUCAGCUCCUGGUGUGUCAAACUCCCCUUCUCUGCUCCAGAGUCAGGCAGAAAGCUCUUCACCAAAUAAUGCAGUCUCAUCUGCUGGGGUAAUCGUUUCAACUCCAAAUGGAGCCCUUUCCCGCACGGAGGUGCCUGAAGGUGCCAAAAACAGUCACGGCCUGUCGUUGUACCAUGGGCCCACCAGUAUAGUCUACGAUGACACUAUUCAAUCCACAGUCGAAGACGACGGAACCAAUCCCAUCCAGCCGACCACAGAUGUCGAAUACGUUCGUAACAUGCUGUUCGCUCAGACAGCGAGGCAAAGACAAUUUGAGCCUCUCAACCUGGCCUAUGGGAAACUUGACUUUGACGGUCUUGAUCCAGACCUGGGCAUGCAUCUCUUGACAAUCUAUUGGAGCCGCCAGCUAUACACGGCUCAAAUUAUCUACCGGCCACUGUUCAUGCGUGACAUGGCCUGCGGUGGUCCCUACUUCUCAAAGCUUCUCCUCAAUGCCAUCAUGUUCACUGUUUCGAAACACUGCUCACGGCCGGAAUUGCGUUCUGACCCCGACGAUGUUACCACGGCUGGCUGGAGGUUCCGUCAACGAUUUACCGAGCUUCUUCGAGAUUCCUUCGACAAGAGCGAGAUUGCCACGAUCCAAGCUCUAUUGAUCAUGUCGAACUCAUUAUUUUCACGGUGUGACGAGCGCAGUUUGUCUUGGCUGUAUGCCGGCAAUGCAUUCAACAUGAUUAUUGACCUUGGUCUUCAUGUACUUCCUUCUUCGAACCAGACUACUGCAGAAGAGCUUGAGUUGAGGAAACGCGUCCUUUGGGGCGCUUAUACAAUUGACAAGAUCCAGUGUCUGCUCCAAGGUAGACCGCCACUGCUGCGGCAUGUGAAUUUCAAGGUUUCGCUUGAAUUCCUGGAUGAGUACGAUGAGUUGGAUGCGUUCAAAAGCCUGACAUACAGCGCGACGAGCCGGGAGAGAGUGAUUCCCUCAUUCAACGUAUCUUUAUUGACAAAACUGUGUCAAUUGUCUAUCAUCUCGGAGCGGGUCCUCUGUGAGCUUUAUUCCGAGACUCGGCCUGGAGACCGAGGUCGCAAUCCAAGACUGUUCACUGAGAUAAGUACAAAUUUAGAGGGCUGGCGUUCAAGUCUUCCCCGGCAGCUCGACUACCUCUCUUUUCCUCACGAGGCUGUUCUUCUCCCGCAGGCUUUCUGUCUCUUAGCGCUUUCGAAUGCUCUUAUGAUACUUUCACAGCGGCCGCUUUUCACAAGCGCUUCACAAGUGACAACUCACGAUUCAUCUGCGGCAUACGAGGCCGUCAGCAAGUGCACAACUGCAGCCAACCAAAUUGUUCAGAUCCUGCGCGAUUAUUCUCAACAUUUCUCCAUCACCUCAGCUCCUUACAUGCUCUCGUAUGCAACCUAUAUCGGUGCCACUAUUCAUGUCCGAAUCGCCGCACAGAAGGGACACGACUCGACAUCUUUUAAUUGCUUGCUGGUCUGUCGCAGCGUUCUCCAAGAACACGUACGACUCUACGCCGCUGCUGCUAAAGCAAUGGCCAAUCUGGAUAAGCUGAUAGCCCACCAUGGCGUCAAAAUUACUGGCGAUGGCCUGGCCGAGGCUCUUGGGAUGAAGAAUACGAGUCAAUAUCAAGUGCGAGAACACAUGAGUGGUCCCGAGCUGCCGAGCACACUUUUUCAGAGCACUCAAAUUGGUUCCCCGCAAUUGAAUUGUGGACUUUCGGAUCUGGAUCUCGAGGCUAUUGCUCAAAGCUUCCGGCUUGAUUCUGAACUACACUAUCUGAUGCAUCCUGUCGGCAUAUAA